AUGGCCACCAUUGAGCCCCAGCAAGAGAUCUUCCAGAGCGAGCAGUACUUCUGGUGUCACGAAGGAAACGAGCACAUUCAGAGCUGGCUAUCCACCAAUGCUCAGGACUUUCCUGAUAUCUACGCCACUUACAUCAACGAUGCCAACCCAGUCAUUCAUAGAAAGCGCGUCGGAAACUCAAAAGAGCGUGACCAGCGCAUGCUCAUGUUCCUCCAACAAUACCCUAUGACCUACAUCAAUGUUAUCGACGAGUUUAUCUGGUACAAAGCGUACGUUCUGCAAGGGGAGGACUUGGAGGCCAUCGGCCCUCACCAGGGUGGAUUGAUCAAUGUCUUCACCUACAGUAUGUUUCAUCACUCCGUCCAUACUGUGACAGACCGCGACCCUCAGAUCCUGGCACAAGCCAGAGACCUGCUCUACAAGCAAGUCUUCGACUUCGACACCCGCCACCAACACUGGGUUUGGCGUGGCGAGAAGGGCCUUCUCAACUCGAACGAAGUCGAGCCUCUGUCCAAGAAGCAGAAGAGCCGCGAGAAAAGCCAGAGACGCUGGGCAAAGCGUGAUGCGCAGGAAGCCGAGAUGAAAGCUGCUGGCAUAACUGAUGCUGACAUCGACCCUGCUAUUUUCGCUAUGGGUCCUCACGGAGAGAACUCGAACAAGUAUGUUGCACGCCUCAUGCUCGAUCUCAAGGUCAGCAAGGAGGAAGGAGGCCAGCGUAAGGCAGAGAAUGACAAUCAGGUGGAGUGA